AUGCCCGCCAUCCCACCAACCAUGUCAACCGAACCCACUUCCUCACAAACCACAAUCACAAUGGCUACAACCCUACUCAAGCGCAGCGGCCUGAGUGACCCCGAUAAAUAUCCCCUCUACGUCUUUGUUAUCAUCAUUGGCUGUAUAUUCGGCUGUCUGAUCGGGUUCAGCGUAUACGCCAUGUUCCAUGGUCUCGACGAUUCAGAACAGUUCAAAGAUGUCUCGAAUGAGCAACGGCAAUACAUGCGUGAGACGAGAUACCGGAAUCUGAAUAGGUUGGCUAUUGAGGCUAGGAGGCCCGAUAUGAUCAUUCCUAUCAAUCCUUGA